AUGUCAAUCCAGGAUAUUCAAGUCGCUGUUCCUUCUCCAUCUAUACAGAUGACCCCUUCGAGACCUCGGCAGCAGGGAAAGCUGGCCCUUCUCCCCACCGAAAUCCUUCUCCAGAUCACUGGCGAGCCCGGUAAGGAUGGAGGAAGUAUGUCUUACAGGGAUCUCAAGGGCUUGGCAGUGAGCUGCUCCAGGCUCUUCCAUUUUAUUCGUCCAAUGUACUACUUUGCUGAUGACCACGCCGUGUUUCACUCCGCUGUUGCACAUGGCGAUUUGGAGGCCAUCGAAAGAUGUGCUCAACUUGGAGCUGCACCUCGCCUUGCGAGAAAACUCCACCACGGUUGCAGCUGUCCGUCGGAACUUCCACACAAGGUACAUAGACCUUUUGAUUCUCUUCUGGAAUAUGUGGCCACUGGCUCCGUUCCCAUCGGGAAAUCCCUAGAUGCCUUGAAAUGGUUGCUCGACGAAGGCUUCGAAGCAAACGAGCAGAUGGAUCAGCCAUGGUACAGGAAUGAUAAUGAAGAUUGCAAUCAUAUGCCUGAACUACUGGUUACGAUACUAAGCCAGAGUAUAGAGCAGACUCGAACAAACGAGAUUAUCAAGAUGAUUGAGAUCUUACAGAGUCACGGAUUUUGCUUACCUUACCAGAUGAACAUUCGGAAGCGAUAUCACCUGCACCUUCACAACGAAACCGAUGUAGACCUGGUCAAAAAGCCAUUAGAUGUGGCCUUGCGACUCCGCUGCCCACCAUCCUUCCUCAGGCUCAUACUCGAGGAGUACAAACACCGCAAUCUAGAUGUCAAAGCAGGAGGCCAGCUCACCCCUCCCGAGCUCGCCAGAUGGGCGGGGCACUCAGAGGGAAACGGACGGAGCUGGCGCCGCCAAAGAACAAGCUUAGGCACGAUGGCCGGGAAUGUGUUUCUCGACAUCCUCAACCCAUCAACAAGCUGGAAAGAGGCAGAUCUGAGCAAGGCGGCCGAUAGCUUCAAAGAAAAGAUUCAGCUACUGAUAGACUACCAGGCUGUCAACUCGCAUGAAUUGACUGUUCUGAAGAGCAUUCUAGAAAGCUUGAAGGACAUUAUAACCCUAUCAAAACGCGUUGGGGGACUGGAUAAUGAACGCGACGGAAAAGAAUGCUGGCAAAGGCUAUGCGAAGCUUUACGCCCUUUUGCAACCAAAGAAGCUCUCAUAGUGGAUAACCAGCGCCGACUGAGCUACGAAGACAUUUGUGCACCUCUUCAUCGUUUUGUCUUUGAAGUCGACUGGAAUCCUUGGAAGUUAUGGUUUGAGCACAAGUUACAAAACCCUGAGUUCAGGGCAGAGAUGUCAUUUUGCUGGACGCAACAUGACUUCUGGAAGCUGGAGCAGGACGAGAAUGGGAUAUGGCAUGAUAAUCAAUGGGCCUAUGUUCAUAGCUACAAGCAAAACAGCAGUGAUCUGCCCAGAUGGCACCUUGUAGACUUUGAUGGGUUUGUGGCUGCGGUCGAAAAGCAGUGGCUCAGGCUCAAUCCAUACUUUUUGACCUCCACGAUUCAGGAUUCAAAUGGCAAGGUAUGA